GCAGCCACAAAGCUUCUGGAUGAGAUGUGUCACCUGACAGCUCAGUCUCUGACAGCUCUGGACACUUCAGAGCACUUCAAGCUGYUGAAGCUGCUGGGUGAAGGCUCGUACGGGAAGGUCAUGCUGGCUGUGCACAGGAAAAGAGGUACUCCGAUGGCUUUGAAGUUCUUCCCUCGUGAGUCCACCUCACUUUUCUCCUUCCUGAGGGAAUACAACCUUUCUCUGUCGUUCUGCACCCAUCCCUCCCUGACUCGAGCUCUGGGGAUCGCCUACUGCACUCCCUCACACUACAUCUUCGCUCAGCAGGCCAGCCUCUUUGGUGAUUUGUACGACAUCAUCAUUCCUGAGGUGGGGAUGGAGGAGGACCGCUGUCAGCGGGUGGUGUCCCAGCUGUGUGGGGCUCUGUCCCACCUGCACACCCUCGGUUUUGUCCACAGAGACGUCAAACCUGAGAACGUCUUCCUGUGCGACUCGGACUGCCGCUGGGUCAAACUGGGAGACUUCGGCAUGGUGAAGGCCAGUGGAACCAGAGUCCCAGAGGUCUGGUACAGCUCCCCGUACUGCACACCUGAGGCUGAGAUCGCUCGGGGGAACGAGGACAGCUGGAGCAGCAUCAACGAUCAGCAGGAUGGCUCCGAGGAUGAGGAGAAGAAGAAGAAGAGGGUUUUAGUUUCUGUGGAGCCCACCACCGACAGCUGGGCCCUGGGCAUCCUGACGUACGCCAUGCUCACCGGCAGCCACCCCUGGGCUGAGACAGCCAGCGACUGUGGCUCCUACCUCAAAUACCAAGAGUGGUUUGAUCAAGUGAACAUCCUCGGUGACGAACUGGACGUGUGGACAGAACCACAAUCAGAGAACCAACAGAAGACCAGAGAUCUGAACAAAACAGGACAGAAGGACCAAACCCCUGCAGCGCCUCAGUUCUCAUGUUUCACUCCGCUGGCCUGCUCCUUCUUCCAGUCGCUCCUCAACCCAAGACCACAGAACCGAGGACGACCUGAAGACGCGCUGAGCUUCCUCGGAGGGGACUGGGUGCUGGAGAAAGAGAGGAUGAGGCUGGAGAAGGAGAGGAAGAGAAGCAGUGGGAAGGGUGCCAUUAAAUGUAUGAAAGAGAUGGAAGGGCGAGGAGAGCGAUGAGCAGCGGUGUCGAAACGAAACAGAGAGACACUUUUAUGGACUUCAGGCCUUUACAAGUGAUCAAAAAACUUUUAUAAAUAUAUUUUUCUAAGUUUAGCAACUUGUUUUUUGUUAUUUUAUAAAAUAUUUUAGCUGGACCUCUGUUUUAGGCUUCUGGUGUUCUUUUAUUAUUUGAACAGAAUAUGUGUGAGUUUCAUGUGAGUAGUAAGUAUAUUACCUGUACUAGAAAAUUUUCUGUGAAUUCUUACACACGAUGUAGGGAAAACAAUAACUGUAUGUUGUUCUUUUACUUAUAAUGCAAUAAAUGCUUUCAUUAUUAUUUUUAUUACGACAAUUUCAAUAAAAAUGCAAUCAACUUGUUA